CUAAGUGGUGCAAGUCCCUUGUUCUUUCCUCUUCGGCUCUCUACCCUGAGUACCCAGGACGCCAGAGAGUUUACUAGAUUAAGAGCCCAAACUCAGAUCCAAGCACACCCAAAGCAAAGCUUGGCUGAGAGGAAGAAAGGAUUUGGCAUCCGUGGUGUUUGCAGAUCCUGCGAUGGAGGAAGGGACGAGUUCAAAAAAAUCAUCCGGACCUUCGUACGAUGGCCGGGAUCGAGGUCUUCAAGGACAGUGAAUCCCUCCAUGUCGGUGAAAAAAUUGGUGGUGCACUUCUACAAGCAAUUGUGAAUUCCAAGAUCUACGUUUCCAUAUUCUCCACGAAUUAUGCUUCAAGUCAUUGGUGCCUUCGAGAAGCUCAAAUACAUGGUUGAGUGCACCUCAAAAUCGAAUGGGAACAAAGAGAUUUUGCCCAUUUUCUUGGAUGUGGAACCAGAUGAUGUCAAGUUGAAAACAAAUUUGUAUAGAAAAACUCUUUCAAAGUGCCAAAAGAGUGAAGCAAAGUCAUGGGAAAAGGCUCUUAUUGAGGUGGGCAAGAUAAAGGGAUGGAACUUGAACAAAGAUGAAAGCCAAGUAGAUUUGAUCCAAUCGGUAAUUGAAGCUGUUUUGGAUAAGCUGAAUGACAUAUAUAAAAAUGUGACUGAGCAUCUAGUUGGGGUUGAUGAUCGUGUAGAAGCUAUAAUCAAGAUUUUGGAUGUGGAAUCUGAUAGUGUGAAAUUCCUUGCAAUCCAUGGAAUGGGCGGUGUCGGCAAAACAACACUAGCCAAAGUCAUCUUCAACCAAUUGUCUUCUCGGUUCCAAGGCUGCAAUUUCCUUUCGGAUGUUCGAGAGUCAUCAGAACAACAUGGCCUGGUACAUUUGCAAAAGCAAUUGUUAUCCGAGUUCCAUGAUUCUCGUUUUGUGGAUAAAAUUAAAGAAGUUGAUGAUGGAAUCAACAUGAUUAAGAGGGUACUUCAUAAUAAAAAAAUUUCUCAUUGUUCUUGACGAUGUGCAUGAAAAAAGCAACUGAAAAAUUUGGCAAAAAACAUAAAUUGGUUUGGUUCUAGUAGUAGGAUUAUUAUUACCACUAGAUACAAAAGUGUCCUAAUGAUUGACGGAGAAGCAACAGGUGAAGGUCCUAUAAAGUCUGCAAAUGUUUUGACUUAUGAAGUAUAGGAAAUGGAAUUUCAUCAUGCUCUUAAGCUUUUUAGUAAGCAUGCCUUCAGGAGAGACUCUCCGCCCAAUGAUUAUGUCUCCCUUUCAAAAAAAGUUGUCUCCACUUUGGGAAAAAGCUUCCUUUAGCUCUUGAAGUCAUAGGUUGAUCCCUUUUUGGUAGAUCCAAAGAAUUUUGGGUAGACACUCUAAAGAAGCUAGGAAAAGCUCCUCCUGUAGAAGUCCAAAAAACAUUGAGAAUAACUUAUGAAAGGUUAGAUGAUGAUCAAAGGCAAGUAUUUUUGGAUACAGCUUGUUUUUUUGUUAAUGAUAAUAAAACCUAUCAUUGCUACAUGUGGAAUGACUGUGAUUACUGCCCACAUAAUGCCAUUGAAGUCCUUUGUCUCAUGUCCUUGAUAAAAAUCAAAGAUGACAAUACCUUUUGGAUGCAUGACCAAGUGCGAGACCUCGGAAGGGCAAUUGUUCGUGAAGAGAAUUUCAAAGAACCUCACAAGCGUAGCCGAGUGUGGAAUCAUCAGGAAGCCCUGGGCAUUCUGGAGCAUAAAGAGGUAUAGUAAGGGAAUAACAACUUAUUUUCCUA